CCCUCCGCUCCUUCGCGAUAGCUGUCGUCCCUUCCCAUUUUCCACUUAUCAUUUCUUGCUCCUACCCUCUUACACCGACACCUACGCGUCGUUUUCGCAUCUCAGCUACUUUUCGAAUAACCUGAUUCUCCAAAUCAAUCAAAAUGACUGGCGGCAAAUCUGGUGGCAAGGCUAGCGGCAGCAAGAACGCUCAGUCUCGUUCUUCGAAGGCCGGCUUGGCUUUCCCGGUCGGUCGUGUUCACCGUCUUCUUCGCAAGGGAAACUACGCCCAGCGUGUUGGUGCCGGUGCGCCUGUCUACCUGGCUGCCGUCUUGGAGUAUCUUGCUGCUGAAAUUCUCGAGCUUGCUGGAAACGCCGCUCGUGACAACAAGAAAACCCGUAUCAUCCCCCGCCACCUUCAGCUCGCCAUCCGAAACGAUGAGGAACUGAACAAGCUCCUGGGCCACGUCACUAUUGCCCAGGGUGGUGUCCUCCCCAACAUUCAUCAGAACCUCCUCCCCAAGAAGACCCCCAAGGCCGGAAAGGGCAGCCAGGAGCUGUAAAGGGUUUUGUUUUUGUUUUGUUAUUUUCUCUAUUUGCGUGGGGUUUGUCAUUCGGCGUGGUUUGGUUCUCUUACUGAUGAUAACGGGGUUCUGGCCUGGGCACGUUUAUGGCUCUUUAAUUUCGAUGCGUUUUGAUUUUUGUAAAUUAUGUCCACGGGCAUGGAAUGAUACCGACAAGUUCAAAUGACCUAAAAUCCAACUGUUCUGAUUCC